GCUCAUUUUUUAUCCAGAAAAGUUGUUUAUUGCCGAUUUUUGGAUGUGGACAGAAUGGAACUCACGCCGGCAACUAUGUCUGUGGUAUUUCCAGAAUUCACUACAUAUUGCUGCAAACGAAAAGGAGCAUACUACAUGAGCAUCACCGAAAACAUUUCUGAUGACAUUGUCGACAUGGUCCCAGUAGUGGGCAGAACAGAUAAACAUUUCAAAUACAACUUAUCUAUGUGCGUGAAGCCGAUGUACGGGAUGGAUACAAAAUUUCUGCUUUUUGCUGAAUUUGUAGAGCAUUAUAAGUUGCAGGGUGUUCAGCAUUUCUAUGUGUAUGUGAAGGAUUUGGAUAAUUAUACAAAAAAGGUAAUUUUGAGAAUCUCAAAAAGCAAAAAACGGGUUAAACAGAAAAUUUGGCAACAUUCUCGAUACGUAAUUUUUGCUGACCUGGAUGAGAGAAUACUGCCACUCAGAAAUUUGACACUCAAACAGCUCAUCUCGUUAGUUUCCAUUGUCUUUUGCAGAAAUGAGAUGAAAAGUCGGCCCGCAUGCGGAAUGAUGCGAUUUGUCACGCAGUGGAUUUUGAAAACUGGUGCCAAUCCGAACAUUUACGAGGUCCUACAACUACAAAAAACAUCUUCCUACGCUUGUCUAUCGAAACACAUCGUCUCCUGCGUCUUCUUGAUGUGGGUGCAUCAUGUGGAAAUAUACUUUCCUACCUUUGAAGGCUAUGAAGUACCUGCCACGGACGCUGUGAUCAGGCAUUAUCGUGACAUAGCAUCUGGAGAUUGGGCUAGACUUUAUCUUCCUGAGGUGGAGACGUUUGGUCCUUUUAGCAUGAAUGCCUACCCCGCUGACCUCAUGUCUAAAUUGUUUCGCAAUAUGAAAUAUGUGCUCGAUAACGUGUACAGGCCUUUCCAAUAA